AUGCUUGGCAUUGAAAGCAGCUGCGACGACACUGCAGCGGCCGUGGUAACAAGCGACGGCCGCGUCCUGGGCGAGGCGAUUGCGGGCCAGGCCGCCAUCCACGCGCCCUACGGCGGGGUGCACCCCGCGCUCGCGUCCCAGGCGCACGCCGCCGCCAUCGACCGCGUCGUUGCAGACGCCCUCUCGCGCGCCGGCCUGUCGCAGCACGACCUGUCCGCCGUCGCGGUGACCGUGGGGCCGGGCCUCAGCCUGUGCCUGGACGUCGGCGUGCGCAAGGCGCGCGCAGUCAGCCGCGCGGCGGCGCUGCCGCUGGUGCCGGUGCACCACAUGGAGGCGCACACGCUCGUGGCGCGCCUCGCGGGGCUCGCGGCGCAUGCAGCGAGCGGCGGCGACGGCGGCGGCGUGCUUCGGGACGGCGAGCCGGCGCCGGCGUUCCCAUUCUUGUGCCUGCUUGUGUCUGGCGGCCACAACCUGCUGGUGGUGGUGCGGGGCGUGGGCGACUACCUGCAGCUGGGGUCCACCCUGGACGACGCCCUGGGCGAGGCGUACGACAAGGUGGCGCGCAUGCUGGGCCUGGAGCUCAACCCUCACGGGGGCGCUGCGCUCGAGGCCGCCGCUCGGCUCGGCGAUGCGUCGCGCUACGCGCUGUCCGUGCCCAUGCAGAAGCACGCCAACUGCGACUUCUCGUUCGCGGGGCUCAAGACGGGGGUGCGGCUCUGCAUUGAGAGCGAGCUGCCGCCAGAGGGCGACCCUGGGCGGCAGCAGGCAGUGGCCGAUAUCGCUGCAUCAUUCCAGUCGGUUGCAACACAGCACCUGUGCCAGAGGGUGCGGCGCGGGAUAGGCUGGGCGCGGGACUCACUGCAGGGCGGCAGCAGCGCUGGCAGCGGCGGCAGCAGCAACAGCAGCAGCAGCAGCAGCAGCAGCAGCGAUGGCGGGAGCGGCAGCGGGCUGGACGGCAGUGCUGCAGCGCUGCGGCACUUGGUGGUUGCGGGCGGCGUUGCAUCAAACCAGUACAUCAGGCAGCAGCUGGCGCAGGUGGCGGAAGCUGCCGGCCUGCAGCUGGUAGUGCCCCCUGCGCGGUGGUGCACUGACAACGGUGUAAUGGUGGCGUGGGCCGGGAUAGAGAGGUACCGGCUGGGGCUCUACCAGCCGCCCCUAGGCCCACUGCAGCUGGCGGCAGGGGAAGAGCAGGAGUGGGUGGAUUUGCGGCCGCGCUGGCCGCUCACUGCUGAGAAGCACGGGGGCAGCACGCCGCAGGUGCGCAGCAGCAAGGCAGCCUCCAGCAUGGCGCGCAGCCUUACGGACGAGACGCGCGACGCGCUCGCGACGCUGGGGAGCGCUGCUGCGGGCGAGGCAGAAGAGGCGACGAGGCUCGCAGGCGGCGGAGCAGGCGCGGAGCGGCAAUGGGCCUCGACUAAGACGGCUGCAGGGGAGGCUGGGGUGGGCGCUGCCAGCUGCUUGUAA